ACACAAGUGGGUGGAGAAGCACUCACCGUUAGGCACAGCUCACACAGCUAUCAAUAUCAGCAGCCGUCCGGCUAAUAGCUCGAGCGUAGAAAGCGCCGGCCAUGGACGCCAUGCAUGGUUUCGGGGUGAGCUCCACGCAUUACCUGCAGACCCACUAUAAGGACGCCCAGGGCUGGUUCCUCUUCGUGUCGUUCGCCGCCGACCUCAGGAACACCUUCUUCGUCUUCUUCCCCAUCUGGUUUCACCUGCGGGAGUCCGUGGGCAUCAAGCUCAUCUGGGUGGCUGUGAUCGGGGACUGGCUCAACCUGGUCUUCAAGUGGGUCCUGUUUGGUGAACGGCCAUACUGGUGGGUCCAUGAAACACCCUAUUACAGCAAUGGCUCAUUUCCCCAUAUUGAGCAGUUCCCAAUAACCUGUGAGACUGGCCCAGGAAGUCCCUCUGGUCAUGCCAUGGGGGCGGCUGGGGUCUACUACAUUAUGGUCACUUCUCUUCUUGCCAUGUUUUUGAAGAGAUAUGGAAAUUCCACAAAAAAACAGUGUGUGAGGGGCACACUUUGGACCUUAUUUUGGGGAGUCCAGGUCUGCGUCUGUCUGUCCAGGGUGUUCAUCGCCGCCCACUUCCCCCACCAGGUCGUUGCUGGGGUUAUCACAGGUAUGAUUGUGGCUGAGGCCUUCUCCAGAGUGCAGUGGAUCUACAGCGCCAGUCUGAAGAAGUAUUUCUUCAUCACCCUCUUCCUGCUCACCUUCGCUGUGGGGUUCUACCUGCUGCUGAAGGUGCUGGGCGUGGAUCUGCUCUGGACCCUGGAGAAAGCUAAGAAGUGGUGCGUCCGUUCUGAGUGGGUCCACAUGGAUACCACACCCUUCGCCAGCCUGUUGCGCAACAUGGGCACUUUAUUUGGACUUGGGCUGGGCCUGCACUCGCCCCUGUACACUGAGAGCAAAAAGAGCACCAGCGCCCCCUUCAGGGGCGGCUGUAUCAUCGCCUCCCUGGUGCUGCUGCACCUGUUUGACUCCUUCAAGCCCCCCACCCACACUGCGGCCCUGUUCUACCUGCUGUCUUUCUGCAAGAGCGCCACCGUUCCCCUGGCUACCGUCAGCAUCAUCCCCUAUUGCGUAGCAGGGGCUCUGAGUGCCAACAGCAAAAAGCAGCUCUGAGCAGAGGACUCACAGACUGCCAAAUGGCAAAGAAUAUUUUCACAGAACAAAACAGAAGACUUUUUCUUAAAACCUAAAUCACUAUAUUAGUCAUUGGUAAUAACAGGCUUUCUAAAUGGCAAGUGAAAUAAUUACAUAAAGGAUACUGUCAGUCACAUGCUCUAAAUCAAUUAACCUUUUUUUAUGUUUCCAUAUCCAAUGGCUUCCACUUGAAGAAAAUAAGGAUUAAUUUAUUACCUGCUGAGCAGGGUACGCGUUUUUAAGUACACUAUUAAUAUGUGAAAGAAUGUUUCCCCACAUCAAAUGUGGGUCAUUCAAUGUAAAAUACUGUAUAUUGUGUAUCUUUUAUAAUAAAACUUUUGAUCAAGAUGAAA